AUGGAUAAUCGUAAGCCGGUGUGUAAGUGUUGUGAAUGGUCAUGGGAGCAAAAAGUUUACGUCAUCUUCAUGCACAUACUCAUCGUGUCGUGCAGUCUUGCAGCAUGCUUGUUCAUAACACACAACGAUAUCCCCAUGCGUCCAGCCCAAAAGUUUGAGGGAUUUGUUAUUUUGUCUUUCUACAUCAAUUUCGCUCUUCUAGGACUCGGAGGACCUGAUUCGUCGUCGGAAUAUGAUAACCCGGCUUCAGAUUAUUUUCUUAUGGAAUGCUUCAGUCAUGUCUUAGGACUCGGUCUUGUCCUGUUUCUCCUCUAUAUGAUUUCUCCCAGUGUCUCUCUAGGUGUCGGAGUACCCUCUUUCGUGUGCUUGAUUGCCUUCUCCUACGUCUGUCACAGUGCCGCAAAGGAGGAUUUGCAAGCGCAGCCAAAUCGUCGACGAGUGUAG